AUGGCCUCCCUCCUGAUGAUCCAGAAAAGUGUCACUAUUCUAACUCUUCAAACAGUUGCAUAUAUCGUCAACAACCAUGUUGUGCACUCUAUAAUUCUGGCUUUGGGCUCCCAAAAGAUGAAGGACCUCCACCCUAACACCCUCAUUUUGCUCUUCAACCCCAACACAAUGUUUGCUUCCAAUCCCACAAUGUUCUCAGCCUACGCCUCAUUUGCCGCCUCCAUGAUGCUCCUCCGUUCCAUAACUGACCAGCUCAUCCCAGCUCCACUCCAAACCUACAUUUACUCUUUCCUCCGCCGCCUCUUCACCCCUCUCUCCACCACCUUAACUCUCGUCAUCGAUGAGCACACCGGCCUCAUUGCCCGCAACGAAGUCUUCGACGCAGCAGAGCUCUACCUCCGGACCAAGACUAGUUCACUCACUAACCGUCUCAGGGUCUGCAAGACUCCUAAGAAGAAGACGAUCAGCUCCGCCAUUGAUAAAAACCAAGAGCUAGUCGACACGUUCGAGAACAUGAAGCUAACAUGGCAGUUUGUGUGUAUAGAGCCCACAAAAGGUGGAACGUACUCUUAUGAAAAGCGUCACUACGAGCUGAGCUUCCACAAGAAGCACAAGGAGAAAGUGAUGGAGUGUUACUUGCCGUAUGUGUUGGCUACGGCUAAGGCUAUAAAGGAAAAGGAGAAGGUUCUGAAGCUUUACACACUCGACCGAGAUGAGAACUCACGCGGUUCGGGGUUGUGGAAGUCCAUUGGUCUUGAGCACCCUUCUACAUUUGACACAGUGGCGAUGGAGCCGGAUAUGAAGAAGAGGAUUGUUGGAGAUUUGGACAGGUUUGUGAGGAGGAAAGAGUUUUACAAGAAGGUGGGGAAGGCUUGGAAGAGAGGCUACUUGCUUUAUGGUCCUCCGGGAACUGGGAAAUCGAGCUUGAUUGCCGCAAUGGCGAACUAUUUGAAGUUUAGUAUCUUUGAUCUGGAGUUGAGCAGCCUUUCCACCAACUGUGAGUUGAGGAAGGCCUUGUUGUCUACGUCGAAUCGGUCUAUUUUGGUUAUAGAGGAUAUUGAUUGCUCUGUUGAAAUCCAAAACAGAGAAGCAGGGGAGGGUGCUUCUAAGAACAAUGAUUUGCAGUUGACGCUUUCGGGGUUGUUGAACUUCAUUGAUGGCUUGUGGUCAAGUUGUGGUGAUGAGAGGAUCAUUGUGUUCACAACGAACCAUAAGGAUCGGCUUGACCCGGCACUGCUGCGUCCGGGGCGAAUGGACAUGCACAUCAACUUGUCCUAUUGCACUGCAGGGGCGUUUAGCAUUUUGGCCUCAAACUAUCUUGGGAUUCAUCGCAGCAACCGUCACAGGCUUUAUGGCGAAAUUGAGGGGCUAAUUGAGGGCAGUGAGGUUACGCCUGCUGAGGUUGCUGAGGAGCUUUUGAAAAUCGAUGAUGCUGAAGUUGCUCUUGAAGGACUAUUGAGUUUGCUCAAGAGGAAGAAGGUUGAGAGAGAUCAAGCAGAGGAGGGGAGUAACAAAGCUGAGAUUCAAGAAGAGGCAGAAAAGUGA